AUGGUGUUGUCGAUGGUUGUUGCGCUGGUGACGUGUCCUGCCAUGCUGGCGACCGCCGAAGCAGUACGACAAGGACAGAGCAAAGACAAGAGAGAAGAGCACCGAGCACGAAGAUGCAACCUUGUCGCGACAUGCGUCAAGGCAUCGAGCAGGUCUCGCGAGAUUGACGGUCGCAGAGUGGUCCUGCGGAAUAACAAGGUGAGCGUUCUUGGUCUGCAUCGCCUCCAAAGUCUCUCACGACCCACCAACAUCGGGAACUUCACUGACCUUGGAGUUCUGUCGAGUAAUAUCCAGGUCUAUAUUGACACAGUCCCCGAUGACGACCAAGAUCAGAACAACCAUGACGAAGGAUACAUUGACGGCGAAGACCAGGACGAGGACGAGGAACCCUCCCAUAGUACUGGUCGUGGAAACAGCCACCCCUUCGCCGGCUACUAUCUCCCGUAUCCGGACUCGGGCUAUGAAGGUCUCGUAUCGACUAUAUCCGACAACCCGCCCAUGUUGAACUGGAUAUACGUCGACAAGAAGACCUACGAAGUCAAGUACGGCCUGAGAGUGGAUGCGCAGCCGAACAUCACGGGCCCCUUCGAUUGCACGCGGCAGGACAGGAGGAUGACGUUGCAAGGGUGGGAAGGAUUUGUCGCCGUAGAGGAACAAGAAUCGCCCGGCGUCUGGGCCCUGUACUUUGACGGUGACGAUGACGGGCUGAAGAGCAAGGUCCCUCGAGGUACACGAGUGCUGGAGAUCGAGUUGUGGAGGAGAGAAAAGAGGUGGAAGAAGGAUCCAGUUGUCCGACAGCAGGAGCAGGCACAAGCGAAGACCACGGCCUAG